AUGGAUGAUGAUUUCGCUAGAGCGGUGAAUAAAUUUAAUGCCAAUUUGGGGAUUCACAAGAAGAGUUCUAGUAGAAAUCUGGGUGAGAAAAAAGAAAAAAAGGAAAAAAAGAGUGAUGAUGAAAAUGGCAAUAAGCUGAAGGAAGACUUGGAGCUACAUUAUAUACACAACUCGAACAACAAAAUAUGCCAAAAGUUUUUGACCCUGCCCUUGAGCGCCAAGGUGGACAGGCUGAAUAGCCACUCGGAUAAGGUCAUCCUGCCGGUGUCCAUCUUGAAAACGCUCGAGAAGGGAUUCUACCAAAGCGAAGUGGAGUUCCCCUACACCUUCAGCCUGAAGAACGUACAAAACAGCUACAUCACGCAUGUGUGCGUCCUAGAGUUCAGCUCAAACGAAGGAAUCAUACACGUAUCAGAAAAUGUAAAAGAAAACUUAGGAAUUAAGCAAAACAGCGGAAUCGUUCGAUUAUUAGUAACCUAUGCAAAUAUACCCAAAUGUGAUUUUAUCAAAUUUGAGUCAUUAAAUGAAAAUACCAGUAAUAUAAAAUUUAUGAAAAAUUUACUACAAAAUGAGUUGAGUUUAAAUUAUAGUACCUUGACCUUGGGGGACUAUGUCCAUAUUAACAACCUAAGUUUCUACAUAAGUGAAUUAGAACCAGAUAAUGCCGUGUCGCUAAUAAAUACCGACAUCACCGUCGAUAUAUGUGAAAGGAAAAAUGUGGGAGAGAAGAAAGACGAGUCUUCAAAUCGCCUGAGCGACUUUUAUGAACCCAUAAACACCACAGAUGUGACUAUUAACAGUAGUAUUAAAAAAGAAAUGAAAAAAUAUAAGUACUUUUUCCAUUACUCCUUUUUGGAUCUGCUCAAAAAGGAUAAAAUUGAAAUAAAGAUUUCGCUGCAUUCUAAUGGUGCACAUAACGAUAUGGACUUGUAUGUGUCCUUUCCUCCGUACGACUCUGUAUCCGAUGUGCUGCACCAUUUGCACUUUGACGAUCUUAGUAAAGACGUCACCAUAAAUAGGGACCUCAUGAUAAAGUCUCUGAUGCUACACUUUGCCUGCUUUGCGGAGGAGACUGGAGAUGGUAAAACAGAUGGGGUUCCACCAGGAGACAACCCGCCAAGCGUCACCUCAAUUGCGUCCGAAAAGGAGGUCCCCCAAAGUACACCUCAGCAGGAGGAAGACCCCUUCCUUGAAUACAUAUACGAUCAGUAUUUCCCCCACCUAAUGUACCUUGCCAUUUCGUGCUCAGCCGAAACGGAGGUGCAAUACACUUUAUCGAUGAAAGUCACCAGUGAAGGUGAGAUGGAGUCACGGAAGAGGGACGAAGCAGAGGGAAAGGGUAACCCCCCCUCCGCCAGCACAGCCAUUAAACCAACCGCAACUUCGAGCAGCGGUCAAAAGUUCGUAAAAUGUGACAAUUGCCUAAAAGACAUUUCUGAGAAUAACCUGAGCAUGCAUCAAAUUCACUGCCUAAAAAAUAUCUCCCUAUGUAAUAUAUGCAAAAAGAGUUUCCAAAAAAAGAACCUUUCCAAUCAUACCCAUUGUGACAUAUGUAAUGAAGGAAUAAGUACAUCCGACAGGAAGAAACAUAACUACACGUGGCACACAAAAAUAAAAUGUGCAUGUGAAAAAUAUUUUUAUAAAAAACAAUUCAUUUUCCAUCAAGCGUUAUUCUGUCCGAAGAAAAUUAUCUUUUGCUCCUACUGUAACGUAUUUACGACAGCCUCUACAAGCGUCUACAAUGAAGACUACAUUUUGGCAAAUUUUCUCGACAAAUUUGAUGACCACGAAAAUUUUACGUCCAAAUCGGUCCCCUAUUACAUGCACUUACUGCAUACCAAUUUUUCGUACUUUGUUAAAUAUAUAAAUCAAACGGAGCAUGAAAAAUACUGCGGAUCCAAGUCAGCCAUUUGUAUAUUUUGCAAAACGAACAUGCACAGGAACAGGUACUUGGCGCAUUUGAUGUUUUUCCAUGACAAGGAUAAGAAGGAGGCCUUCACCCUAAUCAAUGAAAAUUUGGAAGAUUAG